UCUAAAUGCACUAAUAGUUCCUGCACAAGCCAGACCAAAUCAGGUGCUCAGUCAGCUCUAAAUGGUGUGAACCACUUAAAAAAAUAAAUACAUUUUUUAUAAAAACAGUGAGUGCUCCAAAACAACACGCUGAUCAAACAAUAGAAAAUAAAUAAUUCAAAAAAAUUAUAUAGAAAAUAAUAAAUACAAAAAUUUAGCUUAACUCCAGCUGUGCUGUGCGAAUCGUGAUCAUAGUCACCGCGCUCUGUGAUCGUUGAUAUACUUUUAACACUAAAAUGCUAAUAAAUUUUAUUAACAGCGCCAAAAGUGUUUUCAAACGCAACAACAAACAAUAGAAAAAAAUUAAAAACCACAACAAAAAAUAAUACAUUUGAUAACAACAACAACAGAAUAUUAAAUUUGACAACAACAACAAAAACUAGAAGCAAAAAAUAAAAACAACAACAAUAAAAUAUUAAAUUUUACAACAACAGCAAAAAAUAAUAAAUUUAGCAACAACAGCAAAAACUAGAACAAAAAAUAAAAACAACAACAAAAAAUAAUAAAUUUAACAACAACAAAAACAAAGAUUAUGUGAAAAUUCAAAUCAAAUCUAACAGCGAAUGUUUAAUAAUAAAUAAAAACACACGCAACAACAACAAAUAAACACUCGAAAAAAAUAAAAAAUUAAAAGUGAGUUUCACAGACACUCCUCACCUCCCACAGCGACAAACGAUCGAUCGUUCGUUCGAUCUAUGGCUUUAUUACGUGCCGUUAAGUGAAAAGUGUACUAAGAAUAUUUACUCAAAUACUAAAAACCGAAUUAGCUCAAAUACAAGCGUAGCAUCAGCCGCAGUGCACACACCCGAAAAUGGCUCGGAUGGAGCAACCGGCCGCUAAUGAUAUCGAGCAAUUUCUACGAGAUGUUCGCCAACAUUUUCGCGCCUCACUCGAGACAUCCGAAUAUGAGAAUACCUCGAAUAUGUUUCACAUGACCGAAGCGGAUGCGACGCUCAAACUCUUGAUACGUUGUGAGCUACUCCUAGCGAACUAUGGGCUAAAAGAUGUCAAUGCAACAACGAACAAUAACAAUAAGUCCAUUAUGGGCAAUGGCAAAAUGGAGUCAAACGAAGUUUAUGAUGGAAUCAAUGGCGUUAGUAAGGUCAAUGAACCGUCAAUGCAAGCGCACACAACACACACAACCGUGAGCAUCCAAUGCAAUAAUCCAACAAAGCACAUUACGAAGCAGACAGAUCGACAGCAUGAAGACGCCUCCUACUUGGAUAUGAGCGGCGGCGGUGGCGGUGGAGGUAGCGGUAAAACGUGUGGCAAAAAAUCAUCCAGUUGGUAUGACGAGUGGAAUAGUGACAUGAAAAGCGAUAAAACAUUCCGCUGCUCGGGCCGUCUUGGCAACAAAACCAACAGUCAAGCGUACAGCGAUGAGGAUGUUGACGACGAUGAGGAGGAUAGCGAUGCGAAUGAGGAUGAUAACAUUUCCCAAAAUUACGAUAUAUGCCAAGUGUCCAGCCAUGACAGAGAUGAAAUGCAAAAGGCAAUAACACCCGAGCUCGAACCCAUGCAGGCCGUUGAUUGUCCAUAUAUGGAUUUGCCAGCCGGACAUCUUUCGAUUGAGCGCGCCACCAAAUAUGGACAGCUGCAACGCGUCGAGAAGCGACUGUUCUUCGAUCAAUGUAAAAAGUAUUACUGCGGUGUGCUUGACGAUUGGCUGCUGUGCUAUGCCGACGGACCCACGGCAGCACAUCCAACGAUAACAUUGUAUUUGAAGCAUAAUGGCGUUGAAAUCGAACACUAUGGCGAGGGCAAGCGACGUGAAGUGUGCUUUCAAAUUACAACCGCCGAUCCCAAUAAGAAAUUCCUCUUCCAAGCCGUUAGUGAAGUGGAUGCCAAAGAAUGGAUUAUCGCUGUCGAGGCGGCUAUACGUGGCGAUACAUCGCCGGCAAAUUUGAUAAGAAGCACCAGGAAACUGCCAACACCGCCCAUGGCCAAGAAAAUGACAUUUAUGAGCCACAUAAGUAAUGUGCCAACACACGACUGCAUUUACGAAGAACCCUCACCACUCUUUCAAACCGAAAAAACACCCAACAAGCUGAAACCCAAUUUGCCACUCAAGAAGGAUGCCCCAGCCAACGUGGACUUGAUCAAUGAACUGGAAUACGACAUACCCAAAUAUCCAGCACAGCCUAUUAAACCGGCUGAAACGACACAAUCGGAAUUGGAAACCGCCGAGCUAUUGAAUCUGAACGAAAACAGCCAAAUCAGCACCGAGAAACUCGAAUUCCAAUCGAUCGUCAAAGAUGUGCAUAGCAAGUUGUCUAGUCAGCUGUCAGCGGGUUCGACGCCGGAACGCUUAAAGAAAGCGCUCAUAAAAACCUACUCCGGCAGCAGCGCCAGCGAUGUGGAACCUUUAGCGUUAACACCUCCCUCACCAUCCACAGUGAAGGAGAGCAAGAAACUACGUAAAUCCACCACACCAAAUGCCAGUCCACAGAAGUGUGGCAGCAGCGCGCAAGGUAGUCCCAACAACAGCAGCAACAGCAACACAGUUAGUGGCACAGAUCGUGUGGGUGUGAAAUGCUUUGAUAAAUGGUUUUUCAAUCGCAUGAACAAGACAACAUCUUCGGGUCGCAGCACCAGCUCAACCAGUUCCACACAAUCCUCGCCAGCCAAGUGUAAACAAAGUGAGAAGGAAAAUCUACUACAAAGUCUCGACGCGUGUGAUGCGGUCGAUGGUGUUGGUAGCGGUGUUGAUGGCUUACACAGCAACAGCAGUAAUCUCUCGUCGCCGAUACUGAAGAACACAUUUUCGAGUUGUAGCGCCGGUGUCGACAGCACUAUGAAGAGCAAAGUAGAUCUGAUAAUCAAAGAGUUCGAGACAAGCGCACACAUGGGCAUGCUCACAAUGGAGACGUUGGCCGGCAGCGCUGUGGCCUCACUGAGUUCCUUCUGCGACAAAGAUUGUAAUAAUUAUGAGCCCAUUAUGACUGUGACAACGCCACCGAGCAGUUUUCUGAAGAAAAUAUAGCAUGGCAUUGGCAGCAAUAAUAAAUGGGAGCAGUAGUUACCGUUAGUUGGUGCAUCGUGUGAUAGGCACUCAAAUACUAAAUGACUCCCUCCCUCUCUCUUUUGAUAAUAUUUAGUUAUGUAAGCGCUCUUGUAACAGUUUUCAAGCGUGUGGACAGUAAAAGUAUUCAUUAUUUUAUUAAAGUACUGUUUGGAAUAAAUA